AUGCCUGGUAAGAAAUCUUACAACUGUUGUAAUUGUCCACGCGUGGUACGACAGAAAGACAGAUACAGCAUUGCAAGAAAAUACAGAGUCGUUAUCUCCAAACUAUCUGGGAGAACACCAGGUGACGAUGACUUCCUAUGCAACAGAUGUAGGUGCAUGUGUGCACGUCACAUAAAACGCAAAGGUCAUAGCAUGGCGAGCACGACAGAUUGUCAAGGUGAAUCCGCACCAUCAACAUCAUCUACAACUUUAACACCUCAGUUCAGUCCACCAUCAGUAACUCUUCCUUUUCCUUGCACAUCAAGAGGACAUGCUGCAUGUUGCAUCUGCAAAAGGCCAGGACCAAAGCUAGUUGUGGUUCCAGUGGGAUUUCGUCAUCGAAUCUUUAUCACCAAAGAAGUCAUAAUUCCUGCUGGAGCUCGUUGCUGCCCAAAACACCUGCAGAGAGACAUUGAAAGUUUGAACCCAACAGCGAGAACAACAAAGUUCAAUAAAACUUCAAUAACUGAGCUGAUCAAGUUCUUAAGAACUGAGAUUAUACGAAGUGAGAAAGCAAGGCUAGAUUUUGACAGUGAAAAUCUUACAGACACUGAAUAUGUAGAUCUCCUGGGGAUAUCAAAAGCUUCUUUCAAUGACAUGAUGCUGUUUAUCGAGGGGAAAAUCAAAAUAACUCCUGCUAGAACUACCAGAACCAGCCUUGCAAUCUUUUUGCUAAAAUUGAGAGGAGGGGAGUCAAACAAGAUUUUGUCCACAUUGUUUAAUAUUUCCAAAUCCAGUAUACAAAGAAGUGUGCGAGCUGUCCGCAAUAUAUUGAUGACUGGAGGUUUUGUCACAGAAAACCUUGGAUUUGGUCACAUAACGCGAGAGGAGAUAAUCAAUAAGCAUACGCGACCCCUUGCCCAGACACUUUUUGGUGAUGACACAACUCAGCAAGCCAUACCUAUAUUGGAUGGGACGUACAUCUACAUCAACAAAAGUGGUAAUUUUAGAUUUCAACGUCAAUCCUACAGUCUCCACAAAGGCAGGCCACUUGUGAAACCUAUGGUCAUUGUGUCAUCGACAGGCUACUUUGUUUCUGUAUUAGGCCCUUAUAUUGCAAAAAACAAUGAUGCCUCCAUACUCAACCACAUUUUGAAAAGAAAUAUCGAUGACAUACAGGGAUGGGUUUGCGAGGAUGAUGUAUUUGUGGUGGACCGUGGUUUCAGAGACUCCUUGGAUUACUUGGAGGAACUAGGUAUCAAGGCACAGAUGCCAUCCUUUAUGGCUCAUGGAGACAGGCAGAUGUCAACUGAAAGUGCAAAUAUUAGUCGAUUAGUGACAAAGAUAAGAUGGGUGGUUGAGUCAGCGAAUGGUAGGAUAAAGCAAUGGCGUUACCUUGGGAAAAUCCUGCCAACGAGCCAGGUUCCGUACAUUGGAGAUUUUGUUAGGAUUGUUUGUGCCAUCAGUAACAGGUACUUGAAAAGUAUUUCUAAUGGUAAUGCUGAAGAUGACCAGAUCCUUGGUACAAAAAUGAUUUACUUAUCAAAGCAAAUCAACACCCUUCGGCAGCAUGUUGAAGAAAACAAAUUGGAAAGACGAUCAGCUUGUUGGGAGGAAAUGGAUGAUAUCACUGACUUUCCAAACCUGGAUGAAGAGCAACUGAGGUCUCUGACAUGUGGCACGUACCAGCUGAAAUUAUCCCCAAGCUAUGCCCAGGAACAUAUUGAAGGAGAUUGUGCCAUUCAUGUCCACAAGGAGGAGCCAGGUCUAGUACGAAUCAGAAUGCAGAGUCGUCAUGUGUCAUCCAGGUCCUACCUUCUGUGGAUAAAGUAUGCAGAGGGUGCAAUAAUUGCAUGGUAUUGUAAGUGUAAGGCUGGUGCUCGUGUUGUUGGCAUGUGUGCACACAUUGCAGCCAUUCUAUGGUAUGUGGGGUAUGCACGGCACCAACCAGCGGGGCGAAUAGGUGUGCGUGAUUGGGGGGAGUUUCUGGAAGAUGCCACUUUGGUUGAUGAGUCUGAGAGUUCCAGUGAAGGCAGUGAAAUAGAAGAGUAAAACAGUUGUACCAGAGAAGAAGAUAUUGAUUGCUGAGAGAGAGAGAGAGAGAGAGAGAGAGAGA